AUGGAAUUCUACCACGGCGGGGGAGAAGACAACCAUUUCCAUACCAUCAACAACCCAUCCCAAGAAGUCUUUGGGAAGAUCGAGCGGGACGAACUUAUCCAAUUGCUCAAUACUUUUGGUCUAAAACGCACUCAUAUUCAAUACGGAAGAAAGUUAAAUCCGGUGGAGAAAAUCAAUGGCAGAUUAAAGCUGAUGGUUGAUGAUGGUGGUAAUGAUCACACAAGUGCCUUUUGGGCAUUGCAUGACAACUUUCAGUGA